UUGAUGAUCGGCACGAGUAUUAAAGCGAUUUGCACGAUGGUGAUUCACUGCGAGGAUUUGAAUUUUUAUUUUUUAUUUUUAAUAUUUUUAUUUAAUAUUUGAUUUUAUAUAAUUAAAAUAGAACAGUAUAUAUAUCUAAUCUAAUUUAUAUUUAUAAUAAUAUUAUUCACGGAAGAGCACCGGGAGACUUCGAGUCGGGUGGAGUGGACGGAACCACCAGAUCGGACCCGAUAAAAGUAAAUAAUAAUAAAAUAAUAAUAAUUAUUAAUUUAAUAACAAUAAUAAAAAGGAAAAAUAAAAUAGGAGGAGCAGUGGGGUAGAGUGCGCGUCGUCGUCUUCGUCCUCCUCCUCCGCUUGUUGUUGUGGGUGGUGUUGUUGGAGGAGCUCCGCCAUGGCCGAAGCUCUGGGCUCGUCGAGCGCGGAGCCGCGGAGAUGGAUCUCAACCGUCUCAACCUCGAGGAGUACCUCCCCACCUACUCCAUCCAAGACUCCCCCAAAAACCUCCACGUGAGGGACCUGUUCGACAUCUCCCCCACGCUCACCGAGGCCGCGGGCGCCAUCGUUGAUGAAAGAGAGAACAGAGAAGAAGGGAUUUCUGCACUCUCUCUUUCUCUUCUCCUUGUGCUUGUCCGAGCGUGGUGGAGGAGCUCAGGGGGAGUUCGGGUGUCUUCGACGUCGCGCCGCGGUGCCGUUCGAGCGUGUUUUCGUCGUCAUAGCGCUGCGGGGAGGCCGGACAAGGGUGCGAUUCCGCCGUUCUCGACGUCGCGCCGGAUUGGGUUUAGCUUUCGAGAGCCUGCUGUUCCGGCUGCUGCUUCUUCUGAGACAGAUCGUGGCAAGGGCGUCGCGAGUUAGAGCCUUACCAGACGAGCCAGAGCUAGUGGAGCAGCUACAUGUAGUUGUAGUUUUUGGUUCAUUACAUACUGACAUUAUAUCUCGCUGGAGCGAGAGUUUUGUACCACGAUACUGCGUAUGUACUGAUCCACGUUUUUAUCUAUACUAGUUCUUUUACCAGCUCUA